AUGGCAGAUAUGUCAAUGAAUAUUGUUACUCCGCGAAAGAUGUCUUUCGGUAUCAAUGGGAAAUUAAAUGGCCUAGAAAGCAAAACACCAUUUUUAAUUGGAGUUUCAGGCGGCACUGCAAGUGGAAAAUCAACUGUGUGCAAACGUAUAAUGGAAAAAUUAGGGCAGGUAGAUAUGGACCACAUGCAACGGCAAGUAGUUUGUAUUUCUCAAGACAGCUUUUACCGAGAUUUGUCACCAGCUGAAAAACUUAAAGCUGAGAAAGGUCAAUAUAAUUUUGAUCACCCUGAUGCAUUUGAUAAUGAUUUAAUACUUCAAACGUUACAAGAUAUACUAGCUGGAGUGAAAUGUGAAAUACCAGCCUAUGAUUAUAGAACAAAUAGUUUAAUGAAAGAUCAAAUUACAACAAUUUAUCCUGCUGAUGUAGUUUUAUUCGAAGGCAUUUUAGUGUUUUAUUUCCCUAAAAUACGAGAUUUGUUUCAUAUGAAGUUAUUUGUGGAUACUGAUUCAGAUACCAGAUUAGCUAGAAGAGUACCAAGAGAUAUAAAAGAAAGAGGGAGGGAUUUAGAUUAUGUAUUGAAUCAAUAUAUGAAUUUUGUAAAACCUGCCUUUGAAGAAUUCUGUCUUCCCACUAAGAAAUUUGCUGAUGUUAUUAUACCAAGGGGUGCAGACAAUACAGUGGCAAUAGACCUUAUAGUGCACCACAUCUGGGACAUUUUACGUUUGAAAAAGGCUGAAAACUCAUCCAGGCAGCAUCCAUACAUCUACCAACAUAGGCUGGCAAUAGAUUUGAUAGUACAACAUAUAAGAGACUUCUUAAGCAACAGAGGUAGAAUUACAGUUCAAUCAGAAAGUUCAAUAAAUAAGGCAGAGAAAUUAUCCAAGAGACCACAUUAA